ACCCGCCAAAUGACCUAUAGAGUAAAAGAAGACACAUUGGACGAAUCAGAAAUCACUAACAAGCUUUACCCGGAAAUAUUUUAUAACAGAAAAAACAGACAAGGAUAUAAGAGUGCAAUGUCCUGUAACAGCAGCGUGAUCCGCUUUCAGCUGCCACAGGCUGCACAGGCACCGCGCACCCCGGUCCAUCUAAUGCCUUGUGAGAUCGAGCACAAUGGACCUGCACAGAUCACGGAGUACUUCUCUGCCACUGUAAAGGACUGCAAACAUGAGCAGACAGUGUCCUUUAGGGGCCGGGGGCUCAAGGGACAAGAGGUCAACUGUCCACAAGGCUACACUGGUCUUGUAUUAAAAGAAGUCAACAGGCCAGGUUCAGAGGAAGAGGACAGAACAGUUCGCGUUACCUCUGUAUUUGACAAGCUGACAUAUUGGAAUCUAGAAACCCCUCCCAGCGCAGAUGACACAAUUGUGAUGGCAAUGGACUGGCCUGAGUUAGCUGAGGCAAUACAUGGACCAGUGGGUUGAUUUAAAAAAAAAAAAAAAAAGUCUAGACGUAUGGGGAGCACUAAAGGGUCAUUGUGAUAAAACUUUUUUCUUUUUUUUUUUUCUGGUAAUACCUAAAAAUAUUAAUGUAGAAAAAUUAAAUC